AAAACGAAGAUUGAAAAAACAAUCGAAAAUGGCAAGAAAACCAGAUUGGAAAAACGAACGGCUGGUUUUUACAAACAAAAAAUGAUCGAUAUGCGUGAGUUUUGGCAUGAAUUCGUUAAACAAGAUCGACAAAUAAAUGAAGCCAUCAUCAUAUCAAAGGCUGAGUGCGAGAAUGCUUAUAUAAAAAAGCAACAAUUCGAUGAAAUCGAAAUCAAAUACGAUGAGUAUAUGGGCGAGCUUGAAGAUGGUAUCAAUAGAACAGCUACAGAUACCAACCCAAAUUCAACGGUUUUAGCAGAACCUCAGUUCAAAUAUACUCAAUUGCCAAAAAUUACAUUGCCAAAAUUCGAUGGUGAUUAUAAUUCAUGGAGAUCAUUUUCCGAUUUAUUCACAUCAUUAAUUCAUGAUAACAACCAGCUGCAACCGGUACAAAAACUCCAUUAUUUAAAGGGAUGUCUUAGUGGUGAUGCGGAAAAAUUAUUAAAACAUACUCCCAUCACUAAUCAAGAUUAUGAACCGGCUUGGAGUAAAUUAAAAAAGCGAUAUGAAAAUACUAGAACUUUAGCAAAUUUUCACCUCAAGACCCUAGUCAACCAAAUCAAAAUUACUGCUGAAUCGGGAAAGAGCCUAAAAAUGUUAGUCGAUACAACCGAAGAGUGCUUACAGCAGCUCAAGGCGUUGAAAAUAGACACCAGUCAAUGGGAUGCAUUGUUGAUAUUUUUGAUAGUUCAAAAAUUACCAUUUGUGACAUUGCGCCUCUGGGAAGAGGAAUUGGGAGAUAACCAAGAACUUCCAAAAUACUCAACAUUUUUAGCAUUUUUAAACAAAAGGAUUCGAGUAUUGGAAUCCAUCGGUAGUACUAUUGGUGCAAAACCAAGUACCACCAACAUCAAAAGGGAAAACAUUCAAACCUAUCACACCGUCGUUAAUUCUCAUUGCCCAGCCUGCAACGAAAAACAUUACGUCGGGACCUGUAAAACUUAUUUAAAUAUGGAUGUACCUACACGCAAAAAAAUAAUUAAAGCAUCGAAUAGAUGCCUUAACUGUUUUUCAAACAAACAUUCGCACGCAAAGUGUCGAAAUAAGUUUAAAUGCAAACAAUGUCAUCAAUCACAUCACACUACACUUCAUUUCGAUGAGUCUUCAUCAAAGGAUUCAAAUACUGAAAGGGUUAACAGUAAUGAUGCUGAAAGGACAAACACUUUCCUGUCAAUGGAAAAUUGUAAUGCUCUAUUGCCAACGGCGUUGGCAACAGCAUGUGACCGCAAUGGUCGUUCAACAAUAUUGCGAUGCCUGAUAGAUACAGGAUCGCAAACCUCAUUCAUCACAGAAAAAGCCUGUCAGAGGAUGCAAAUACGUGGAACACCCACAUCAAUACAAAUUCACGGUCUAAGCAAAAACCAAACUGCAUGUUCCAAACAAAGGGUGCAGUUAAGACUUAAAUCUACUAAAAACAACCAUACGGCGGUAGAAGUGAAAAUGUUCGUAUUAGAAACAAUCACUGACCUACUGCCAGCUAAAGAAACAUCAAGUCAAGUCUUAAAACAUUUCAAAAAUCUUGAACUAGCGGAUCCAACAUUCUGGAAACCUAAUCCAGUCGACAUUUUACUUGGAGCUGAUGUAUAUGGCCAUAUUAUUCGCGAAGGCAUACGCUACGCUCCAGGUAGAUCCGUAGUCGCCAUCAACACUAUAUUUGGAUGGAUAAUAUUAGGAAAUAAUUUUAUCUCACCUAACGUUUCAGUAAAGACAUUCAUCGCAACUACAAACCCCAUCAACGAACUCGGAUUUCUACUUCAGAAAUUCUGGGAGAUGGAAGAAGUGCAAACCUUCAACACACAAACUCCAGAAGAUCAAAAAUGUGAGGAGUUAUAUAAAGCCAACUAUGAACGGCUGCCAAAUAAUCAAUAUAUGGUAAAAUUACCAUUCACAGAUCCAAAUGGACCAAGUCUAGGUUCCUCAAGGGAACUCGCGCUGAGGCGUUAUGAAUAUUUACAAAGGAAACUAUCCAAGAACGCACAACUUAAACGCGAGUAUGAAGCCUGUUUGGAUGAAUAUAUAACCAUGGGUCACAUGGAAGAAUGUGAACCACCCAAACCAAAUGAACCACAUUAUUACAUACCACAUCAUGCGGUUUUUAAACAAAGCACCACUACCAAACUACGGGUAGUUUUCGACGCAUCUGCUAAAACUACAAAUGGUAAAUCACUGAACGAGCAAUUAUUGAUCGGUCCAACCAUACAACCGAAGUUAUUCUCUACUGUUCUCAAUUGGAGAAAACAUAAGGUAGUGAUCACAGCAGACGUUGAAAAAAUGUAUCGAAUGAUUUGGAUGCACCCAGAACAUCGCACGUUUCAGCGCAUCCUAUGGAGAGAUCCAGAAACAAAAAUGCUUAAAGAUUAUCAACUUAAGACCGUCACCUUUGGCGUGUCCCCUGCACAAUUUUUAUCCGUUCGCACAGUACAACAAGCAGCACUAGAUGAACAAGAAACAUAUCCAUUAGCAGUGAAGGCAACAUCAUCAGAAUUUUACGUUGAUGAUUUACUGAGUGGAGCAGAAACCAUCGAUGAAUGCCUGGAAUUACAAAGGCAGUUACGAGAUAUGCUUAGUAAGAGUGGAUUUAAACUCCGAAAGUGGGCAAGUAACCGAGUAGAAGUCAUAUCACACUUACCAACAGAAGAUAAGGAGCUACAAGGUUCACUCGAACUACAAGAAACGGAAUCUGUAAAAACUCUGGGAAUUCGAUGGUAUCCUGCAGAAGACUACUUCACUUUUAAUGUUCAAGGUUUAUCAGAUACGCAGGCCAAAACCAAACGUAUCAUACUCUCGGAAAUAGCAUCAUUGUACGAUCCAGUUGGAUGGAUCUCGCCUAUCAUCAUAACAGCCAAAAUACUUAUUCAAACCCUUUGGAUCGGCGGUUACUCUUGGGAUAGCAAGGUUUCUCAAGAUAUCACACAACAAUGGUACGAUUUUAAAGAGGAUUUAAAAAAUCUGAAUAAACUAAAGAUUCCGCGAUGGAUUGGUAUAUCGAAAACCAACCAAACAAACCAAAUUCACGGAUUUUGUGAUGCUUCUAUUAAAGCAUAUGCCGCAGUUCUAUAUAUUCGAACCCAAGAUGAAAAUGGAAACAUCAAGGUAAAUUUAUUAACUGCAAAAUCCAAGGUUGCUCCAGUAAAACCAAUAACUUUACCUCGUUUGGAAUUAAACGGCGCAUUGUUGCUAGCCAAACUUAUAAAAGCUACGAUUCAAGACAUGCAACUUGAAACCUUUCCUGUAUUUCUAUGGACGGAUGCUACUAUUGUUUUACAAUGGAUUCGAGAGCAUCCAUCGAAAUGGAAAACUUACGUUGCAAACAGAGUUGCAGAAAUUCAAGAUGUGACACCUACUGAAUAUUGGCAUCAUGUUCCCACAAAGGAUAAUCCAGCUGAUUUAGCUUCGCGGGGAAUAACAACCAGGCAAAUCCUUGAUUGUGAUCUAUGGUGGCAUGGACCUGAAUGGCUUAGCCAAAAUCAAACCCAAUGGCCAAGAAAUCCAAUUCAACUCGAAGGAACAACCUUAGAAGCCAAGGCACCAUCUAUAAACACAUUACUUUCAACGUCUUCAAGCGACUGGUUGCCAAAGUAUUCAUCAUACACUAAACUUGUCAGAGUAAUAGCUACGGUAUUGCGAUUCGUCGAAAAUUGUCGCGACCGUGAAAAUAAACGAACAAGUCCGUUAUCCGUUAAGGAAUUGAAUGAAUCAAGCACGCUGAUCUUAAAAAUGGUACAAAUCUCAGCCUUUAAAUCUGAGUUAGAUAUAUUCAAGGCAGAAAAACCUCUAUCCAAGAAAAGUCAGCUUAUAACGCUUAGCCCAUUCUUAGAUGGAAAUGGUUUGAUCCGAGUUAGAGGUAGACUGGAAAACGCAGAUGUUCCAUAUGAUAUGAAACACCCCAUCAUUUUACCACGAGAUCAUCACGUCUGUAACUUGAUUAUUGAUAAGGCCCAUAAGGAAACAUUGCAUGGAGGCACUUCAUUGGUUCUUAACACUCUUCGCAAUAAUUUUUGGAUCCUCGAUGGAAAACGAGUCGUAACACGGGAAAUUCAUAAAUGCGUUAUAUGUGCAAAACAUCGAGCAGCAACAACGCAACAACUAAUGGGAGCUUUGCCGGCACCUAGAGUUAACCUCACAAGACCCUUUACACAUGUGGGUAUUGAUUACGCUGGACCCAUACAACUUAAAAUGUCCACUCACAGAAACGCAAAACAUUACAAAGGAUAUUUUUGUAUCUUCGUAUGCAUGGCAACCAAAGCUAUACAUAUAGAGGUCGUAUCAGAUUUGACCUCAAUGGCUUUCAUAGCAGCUUUAAAAAGGUUCGUGUCUCGACGAGGAUUAUGCUCGGACAUAUAUUCAGAUUGCGGAACGAACUUUAAAGGUGGAAAGGUGAAAUUGGAUCGCGAUCUAGAACAAGCCAUCAAGGAAGCAGCUCCAAACAUAGCAAAUUAUUUGUCAACCUUAAACAUUAACUGGCAUUUCAACCCACCUGCCGCUCCACAUCACGGAGGAUUAUGGGAAGCAGGUGUAAAAUCCAUCAAAUAUCAUUUACGUCGUGUGCUAGGCACAACGGUUUGCACAUUUGAAGAACUCGCGACAUUGCUUGCUCAAAUUGAAGCAUGUCUAAACUCAAGACCCUUAUGUGCAUUGAGAAAUGAUAUUGAUGAUCUGGCGGUUCUAACCCCAGGUCACUUCCUCAUCGGUCAGGCUUUAAAUGCAAUCCCUGAACCUGACCUAACAGCAUCAAACUCUUCGUUCAACCAAAGAUGGAAACAUGUCCAACAAAUGAAUCAACAUUUUUGGAAAAGAUGGUCAACGGAAUAUUUAAACCGUCUCCAACAACGCCCUAAAUGGCUAACCAACGAACAAAGCCUUAAGGUUGGAGAUGUUGUCCUAAUAAAGGAUGAAAACACUCCACCGACUGCUUGGCCUUUAGGGAUAAUACAAAUGAUUCAUCCUGGAAAGGAUGGAUUGGUACGAGUUGUAACGGUUCGAACAAGAUUCAGUACUUGUCAAAGACCCAUUGUAAAAAUUUGUCGUUUGCCGAUCGACCAAGUCGAAACUAUUACGACAACAUGAAACCAAUUUAUACUAAUACUUUGUCCAUGUGUUGUUUGUAGUAGUUACAUGUCGUGUCGUACUUAUAAAACUUUCAUACAAAUUUCUACAGAUAAAUAUUCUUACAGUUUAAUAUGCAAUCCAACUGGGACGAUAUGGAUUAUAUCACCAUUCUUGAGGAUAUAAGGUUUUCACCACCUACCAUUUCAACCCCAUUGGUAGAAUUGAUACAGGAAAACCUAAGGUGGUCGGCUGAAGUGGAGAAUGAAUCCGAAUUAAGGUGGUCGGCUGAAGUGGAGAAUGAAUCCGAAUUUAUUCAAAAUAAUGAAGGCUUUACCGAACCCCAAAUACAAAUUCAUAGAAACGAAGGCAUACCGAUUCCGGUUACUAUUAAUGGGUCGACGAUACAUUCCCUCGACAGAUUACGCCCAUCCUCCACUAUACAAGAAAUAAAAAUGAGGAUAGAUAAUGAUUAUCAGAAGUUUAUAACCCGCGAAGGGGAAGAACUCUUCAUUAACAGGGAUACUCUUAGUAGGAUUGAUUUUGAACGGAUCCGAAAUAGUAAGAGGAAACAAUUUUCGGUAAACCUACCUGACAGGUACCAAGUUAAGGUAAACGUAAACAAGGCUGGAAAGGUUGUCUUUCAUCACCACCAUCGCCGUGGGAUAGAAAAAAUAAAGGCCAGAAUACUUGAACGUAACCGUUCAACGGGGGGAGUAUGUUCAACCACACAUUAAAAUGAAUUUAAAUACAAAUUAAAACACAUUGUAUAAUUUUAUAAGAGAAAUGAAU